UCAUUUAAAAUAUAUGCUAAGAGGGAGGAUGACAAAUUCCCUUUUUUUCAUUUAUUAUUGUUACUGUUUACCAUUUUCCAGUGAAUCUAUCAAACAAUGGACUACACAAAGUUUAUGACCGAGCGCAGCAAAGCCAGAAAUCCUUCAGCGAUUCGUGCCUUGAUUCCGUACAUGAACCGUGAAGAUAUGAUUUCUUUGGGAGCCGGUCAACCUAAUCCAGAAACCUUUCCUUUCGAGAGCAUGACGGUCAAACUUAAAUCGGGAGAAAUUAUGGAAAUGGAUCCACAAUUGUUCCAACGGGCCUUGUCCUACGAUUUGACAUCGGGCUUGCCUCCUUUGAAUCAAUGGCUUCGCCAACUCCAAACCAUUGAACAUGCGCCUCCCUGUGAUUUUGACAUUUCCGUUGGUAGUGGAUCCCAGGAUCUGCUCACCAAGGCACUGGAAAUGAUGACCGAUACGGGUGAAGCAGUCAUGGUGGAGGAUCCGACUUAUACUGGCGCUCUUGCGUUUUUGGAAACUUUGAAUUGUACAUUGGCCCCCGUAGCCACGGAUCAGUACGGCCUUGUUCCUGACGCACUGGAGUCCUUAUUGGCCAACUGGCCAGCAACGAAUCCCAGCGGUCGACAAGAUCAAUCCCGUCCCCGUGUUCUUUAUACCAUUCCCAGUGGUGGCAACCCUACUGGUAUCAGUUCCUCCUUUGAGCGCAAGAAACAAAUUUACGAUAUCUGCCACAAAUAUGACAUUAUGAUUCUCGAAGAUGAUGCCUAUUACUAUCUACAGUUUGACGAAAAGCGCAUUCCUUCUUAUUUGUCGAUUGAUGUCGAUGGUCGUGUGCUGCGUUGUGACAGUAUGAGUAAAAUCUUGUCUUCUGGCCUGCGUCUGGGAUGGGUGACUGGUCCCAAGCCUUUGAUCGAACGUAUGAACAUGCAUACCAUGGUGACUAAUCUCCAACCUUCGGGCCUUUCACAACUGAUGGCCUAUGAACUGCUCAAGCUUUACGGACACCAAGGUUUCUUUGAACAUGUCCACCGCGUGGCCAACUUUUACAAAGAGAAGCGCGAUUUGUUUGUGGAAUGUCUCGAAAAGCACAUGAAAGACUAUGCCGAAUGGGUGGUCCCGCAAGCAGGCAUGUUUGUUUGGUUGAAGCUUAAAGGUAUCAAGGAUUCGCAAGACUUGAUCAUGACUAAAGCCAUUGAAAAGAAAGUGGUGGCGGUGCCAGGUUUGGCCUUUAUGCCAAUCAACAAAGUCACUCCUUUUGUGCGUGUAUCCUACAGCAAUGUGAACCAGGCCCAGAUGGAUGAGGCACUUUCACGAUUGGCGGAAGCGAUUGCCGAGGCCAACGAAUGUAAAUAAAACACAUGGCAAUUUGUUUUCUCUAGGUCGCACUGUCUAUAAAUAGAGAUGUGUGGCCGAGUGAAGU